CGAGGCUCCUAGCUAGGUCGGGAAAAGCUAGAAAAAAUUAAAACGUAACAAAAGAACAUUCAUCAUGAAGCAAAAAAUAACCAUCAGUCUGCCGGUAAACAGCGAUAAAUGCCGGGCAAAGGCUAUGCAAAUUGCAGUAUCUACUAUAGGGGUGAUAUCAGUUAAUAGUGAUGCAGAUAAAAACCAGUUGGUGGUUACCGGUAACGGCGUAGAUUCCUUUGAGUUGAUGAAGUGCUUGAAGAGGAAAUUCAGAUGUGCCAACAUUGUCUCCAUUGAAGAAGUGAAGCCGCCGGAGAAGAAAGACGAUAAGAAAGAGGAGAAGAAGAAAGAUGAAAAGAAGGAAGAAGAGAAGGACAAGAAAGACGAAUGUUGCAAAACUUGUCGUUAUCCUUGUCCUUGUCCUUGUCCAAUUCCGGGUUACAACAAUCCAUGCGUACAGUACUAUCCGGUGUGUCAACCCGUUUAUGACUCCAAUCCAAGUUGCUCCAUUCAAUAAAGUCAUUCAAAAUUGGAGUGGAAUAACUACCUCAGCUCAGUAUACUGUGGGUUUUUUUUUUUUUUUUUUUUUGGCUAGAAAAAAAUCCAGAAUCAUUAUU